GGAAACACUUUGCUUCUAUCUACAGUGAUCACACAUUUCAAGAAAUAUGGGUGGGCCCUUCUAGCAAUAGGUGUGAAGAUCCUGCUCUCCGGUGGGGCCAGGGGGAAACCAAAUGCCUAUAAAAGAGGAUCAAGGAGGAUCAGCGCUGUGGUUCCUCUGGAGGAUGAUAUCUAAGGGGAAGAUCACCGAAAACCGGCAGAGAAAAGAGUGGCUGUAUCUCCUUUCUUGGUAAGAAGCAACUUAGCCCAAGGAUUCAAAGCCAGAAAACCAACAGCACGGGACACAGCUCAAUCCAGGAAUAGGACGCUUCCUUUUCAAAGACUAGACCAUGGAAGUAAAAAAGAUUGCAGUCAUAGGUGCCGGGGUCAGCGGACUGGGCGCCAUUAAGAGCUGCUUGGAGGAAGGACUUGAGCCUACGUGUUUUGAAAAGAGCAGUGACAUUGGAGGGCUGUGGAGAUACGAGGAGACACCAGAAAGUGGAAGGCCUGGGAUAUACAAAUCUUUGACCUGCAAUACGUCCAAGGAGAUGACAGGCUUCAGCGACUACCCCAUCCCUGACCAUUACCCCAACUACAUGCACAACACCAAAAUGAUGGAGUAUCUCAGGAUGUAUGCCAGGCACUUCGGGCUGAUGAAACACAUCCAGUUCCAGACAAAGGUAUGCAGGGUGAGGAAGCGUCCUGAUUUUUCAUCCUCUGGCCAGUGGGACGUUGUGGUGGAGGUUGACGGAAAGCAGAAAACAUAUAUCUUUGAUGGGGUCAUGGUCUGCAGUGGUCACUACACUGAGAAGUAUCUGCCCUUGCAGGACUUUACAGGAAUCACCAAGUUCCAAGGCAGCCAUCUCCACAGCUGGGAGUAUAAGCACCCAGACAAUUUUGUGGGGAAGAGAGUGGUUGUGAUCGGCAUCGGGAAUUCUGGAGCAGAUGUGGCAGGCGAGAUCAGCCGUGUUGCUGAACAGGUUUUCCUCAGCACAAGAAGAGGGGCAUGGAUAUGGAACCGAGUUUGGGAUAAUGGGAAUCCCUUGGACACCACACUCUUCACCCGUUAUAACAGAACCAUCCAAAGGUUCUAUCCCACAUUCUUGAUCAACAGAUGGGCAGAGAAUAAAUUAAAUGCAAAGUUUAAUCAUGCCAAUUAUGGACUGCAGGCAAAACACAGAUUUCUCAGCCAUCAGUCUAUCUUCAGUGACGACCUGCCAAAUCGCAUCAUUACUGGGAAAGUGCAGGUGAAGGCAAACGUGAAAGAAUUCACCUCGACGUCCGCCAUCUUUGAGGAUGGCACUGAGGAGGCUGUAGAUGUUGUCAUCUUUGCCACAGGCUACACCUUCUCUUUCCCUUUCUUGGAUGACAACUCUGAGAUCCUGGACAGCAAACACACAAUGUUUAAGUUUGUCUUCCCUCCCAAGUUGGAGAAGCCAACCCUAGCUUUCAUUGGCAUCCUCCAGCCAGUGGGGGCCACCAUUCCCACCUCAGAGCUCCAAAGCCGAUGGGUUGCACGUGUGUUUGCAGGACUGAAAAAGUUGCCCUCACAGAGUGACAUGCUGGCAGCCAUCAACAGAAGGAAACAGAAAAUGGAGAAGGAGUUUGUGAAAAGUCCCAGAGGCAUACAUCGAGUGCAGUACAUCGACUACAUGGAUGAAAUCGCUUCAGAGUUAGGUGUCAAACCCAGCCUGCUCUCUCUCUUCCUCUGGGACAUAAAGCUGGCCAAGGAGAUUUUCUGGGGACCCUGCACCCCAUACCAGUACCGUCUACAGGGGCCAGGGAAAUGGGCGGGGGCUCGGGCAGCCAUCCUCACUCAGAGAGAACGGAUCCUCAAACCCCUGAGAACCCGUGUGCUCAAACACCCUGAGGCAUCGCCCUCUCGUCUGUUUUGGCUCAGAUGUAUCUGUGUUGUCGUCAUCUUUCUCUUUGUUCCCGUGUUAGUCAUCGUGCAAGUGAUAUAUUCCUAAAGUCACACUGACAGAGAGAGGCAAGCACUAGUGAGAACCAGUCAUUGUUAUUAGACAUGCAUGCUUCAGCGCCAAGUGAGAAUAAGGGAAGAGAUGUUCAUUAGACUGACUAGGAAACGUUCGGAGAUUUAAAUGAAAACAGCUACUCUGUUAUGACUCUCCCAAGAGCUUUAUAUGGAAGGGGUUUGAAAACAGCUUAUCAUUAUUAUCUUUAUUAGGUAUAUCAUAGCUUGUUUCUACUUUAUUCCAGAGGUGAAAGGACAUGCCUUAUAAGUUUACCCAAAACAUGAUGGUAUGGAACAUAAUAAGUGGGGUUCAAUAAAUAAACAAUGGUACAGGGAAGAUUAAGCCAGGCACAAUGCUCAGAAGUACAUUAUAUGGCCUCAGUAUAUCUCCCCCAGAUGAGGAAACUGUGCCUUUUCAGUAGAAAAUCUGAGAGGUAUCGCUUUCACUGAUCAAACAAUGCUGAAAACUCAGGUCUAUCGCUUUUCACAUCGUCAUCAUACAGUACGAAGUCCAACACUGCAUGGUCUUACAAAAAGUGCUUAACUUGAAUGUGAUCAUGAAAAAAAAAAUCAGAGAAAUGAAGAUAGUAAAACAUUCUCAAGAUAUCUCACGGACAGUCUAGCGGAAAGUCGGUGUUAUCAAAUAAAAAUAUCAGUAAAUCUUUCUAUAGCAGUGGAAAUUAAGAAGGCAUAGACCAAAUGCAAGGUUUAAAUGUGGGUGGACUCUUUUAGGACAACCGGACAAAUCUUGAUGUGCACUGUUUUGUGUGAUCUUACUGAAUUCAUGAUAAUAUCAAUGGGUGCUAAGAUUAUAAAUAAAGACCCUCAUAAGCAGAAGAUGCCAUGUGCUGAAUGAGUUGGCUAAAAUGGUUGAUUAAUUUUUAAAAAGUCUUUGUGAGGGCGUGGAAGGAAAGUAAAAUUUUAAAUAUAUGGUGAUUCUAGGGCAAAGGUGAUAAAAAAUAUUCAUUGUACUAUCUAUCCCUUAAGCUCUUUUGUAAGUUUGAGAAUUUCAA